ACGGCCUCCUGCAUGCGGGGAAAGCCUUUUGAGCUUCUCGUUUCGAAUCAAGACCCUGAGCGGACGGCAGAUAACGUAUCGUGUAGAAUACGACUCGUUUAGGGUUAGGAGCACUACUACUGUUUGUAGUUGUAGUACUCCCCUCUCCUGCCUGAGAAAGAGCCGUUCUCACCAAGUUCUUUCAUUCUACUAUAUCAGUGCUAAUAGUAGUCUAAGAGUUUUCCUGAGCAAUGAUGGCGGCGCCUCGGCUGUGGCCGUACAGGGUAACGGUCAUUUGGCUGGAGGCGCUAGUUCUCACCGUGCUCUGCCUCACGCAUACCGCGAGUCAGGCGAGGCAACCACUGUCCCACGCGGAGACGGGGCCCGGAAUCCCGCACCCGUUCGACUUCGCGUUUCCGGACCACCUGUGCGGGUCGCUGCGGGAGACGUACAUGGCCAUCAACGACCGCGUGCGCGCCGCCUGCAAGGAAGAGGCGCAAGCGGCCGCCGCUGCACGCAGCGCCCCUCUCUCCGCCACUGCUGCUGCCGCCGGUUCUGCCGGUUCGUCCGCUGCUGCAGCCCCUCCGUCCCCUGCUCCCACCUCCGCCUCCCCUGCAGCACCCGCCCCCCCUGUCUCCUCCGCCAUCCCCACGUCCUCCCUCCCGUCCCGGUGCCGAACGCUCAUCUUUGACUCGGGGCAGGACGGGUAUGGCGACACGGUGUUCGGGAUGGCGUCCACGUUCGCCGUGGCGCUUCUGGACGAGCGAGCCUUCCUCAUGCGCCAGGAAUGGCUGCCGUACGCCUUCGAACCCGCCACCUUCGACUGGCGCGUCACCGACGACAUCCCCCUCUCAAAGUACCCGCCGCAGAUAACAGACGAGAAUAAUCCACCCAACGUGACCUUUGCGCGGCUGAUUCUGCAUAACAGAAACAUCUCAGAGCCCGAGGCGUUGUUUGCGAAGCUGCAAGGGAUAGCGCACAUAGGCGUGGUGUGGAACCGCGGGAUUCUGUUCAAUCUGCUGACGAAGGGGAGGGGCCCGUGGGCGGAUCGGUUCAGAGGCAUCGGGCUGACCCCGCCGUACGCCUUCGCCUGCGUCAUGCGCCUCCUGCUGCGCCACACCUCAGCCCCAAGCUGGAGGUGCUGCGUCUAGCAGAGGGCCUAGCGGAGCUCGUGCACACGCCGCAGGGCAUGAGCAUAGGCAUUCACACGCGCCUGGCAGACCAUAUCGCGUGGGAGGACCCUAGGAGGCUGGGUGUUCCCAAGGUGCUCAACUCGUCUCAUGUGGAGGACCUCUAUGCAAGGAAUAUAGCGGCGCUUGAGUGCGCACAGGAGUUGGAGCGGUGGUGGAGUCCAUCCUCUCUCACAAUCAGGUGGUUCUUCAUCUGCAACUCCGCUCAGCUCAAGAUAGCCGUGCGCGAUAAAUUCCCCGACAAGGCGGUGAUCACGAGUUUUGUCCCGCGGCACGUGGCGAUCAGCAAGGACCCCAACUCCAGCACGCAUGCGGCGGACCCGGUGUGGUACCAGGAGACGGUGGCGGAGUGGCUGCUGCUGGCGUCCACGGACCUGCUGGUCAUCCCCGAGUCGGGCUUCUCGCGCUCCGCUGUCAUGUACUCCAUGCGCCCGGGGGCCGUCUUCAUGCCGCACAAGUGCACGCCCGAUGCGCCCGUGCCGCUCUCUGAUCUCGCUACUGCUGGCUGUGGGGUGUGAUUGAUUGAUGCAUUGAAAAUGGUAACAGGUGGAACUAGUUGUUGACUUUCAUAUAUAUAUAUUAGUAUAUAGCUACGGUACUGUAGCCUAGGUAGGAUCAGUUCUUAGAGAGUACCCUGUACUCCUGUACUCUAAUCCCUCUA